GGGGUAUACCAUCUAGUCGAUAUCCACCUAAUCGAAUAGAACUUGAAAACCAGCUUGCUUGUGCAAAUCGAGAUCGAAAGAUUGCUAUAGAGUGUGGCAAUCAACUUGUCAAUAAAUUAGGGAUGAGAUUUCGCGGUGGUCAUAAGUUUAAGAAAUCAGAUACCAUCACUCUUGAACCGGAGCCUUCUAAUACGUAUGAUAAGAAUGCGAUAAAAAUUAUGGUAGAUGGUAUCCAUAAAGCCUAUGUGGCAAAGGACGAGAAUGUAAGUAUAGGAGAUUUGAUGAGACGCUACCCUCGUUAUCGGGUAAAUGCCCAUGGAAAAAAAAACUAUAACCAAUCGGCGUCUUUAAAUCUCGAAUAUCCUUGGAUGAUUUGUGAGAGAUGUCGCGAUACACUACAAGCAUCGAGGGACUAUGACUAUAGUUAUUGGUGA